CAUUCAUCUGUCAAAUGGGCAUCGCGUAUAUGAGUUGAAGCAUCGAUUGCAGCAUCAAGCAAGGUUCGAGACAGACAAAAACGUGAUCGGUACUCUAGCUACAUCGUAUACGGGACCAACCAGUAACAACCUGGGAUACCUAGGAAGCAUAGGGCGAACGAACGACAUUGAAGCUUUAACAAGCCUUCAAGCUUCCACUCUCGAGCCACUCUUUCCCUUCCGCUCCUGCGGCAAUUCCCACUUUACACCUAACAAAUAGAUCAUGGCUACUUUCCUGGGUAGGUGCCGCUAAAUAGUUAAGGGUUCAGCUGAACAAGCUUCAUUGGCUUCUCCAUAGAUAUGGCUUGGUCAGAUGCUUGUGUUAUCCAGCGAGGAUAGCCUUGUAAGCUUUCGAGGCCGGCUCUUUCGUCAUUUGCAUAUUUGGACAUGGGUUUAUGAAUCUUUUGUGAAUCUUUAUAAAAACAAGCAAGGCUGACGAAAUUCGAGGUGGAAGAAAACAAGAGUAAAUAUGACAACACCACGUCUGCCAACUGUAGAUGAUCUACCAAGGAAUCUAUUAUGUGAUAUCCUGCCAUCAAAAGAUGGAAAGAACACCAACAUCUUGAUUCUGCUUCAUGGUUUGGGGGACACGAAGAAUGGAUUCACACAGCUUGCCAAAAACCUAUCUCUGCCUCAAACUGCCUCUUUAAUUCCUCAAGCUCCAACUCCAAUCCCCGCCCUCAUAACUGGUUCCGACCUACCUUCUUUUCAUUGGGCACGCGAUCUCGAAUUCGACUCUACGACUGGUUCUCUAGAUCUCGAUGCUGAUCUCACACCCUCCAUCGCACUUCUGACUUCUAUGAUUGAGAUGCUUAUGAAAUCAUGUAAUUAUUCACCAAGAAAUAUAUUUCUCUUGGGAUUUGGACAAGGAGGCAUGUUGGCUCUUUCGACUCUUGCACAAACUAGUUCUUCAUACCUAAAAGAUGUGGAAUUAGGAGGCGCGAUUUCAAUUGGCGGACGACUCCCUUCCUCUUUUUCUCCGUCUUCAAGUUCAGCGACAAGCCAAAAAGAUAACAAGGGAAGAGUCAAAACCCCAAUUCUGGUAGCGGGCGGGAACAGAAAGUCGGAAAUAACAAGCACCGCGUUGGAAAAGGUAAAGAGUACAUUCGCGGAAGUAGAAUAUGUGAAAUGGGAGAGAGAAGGUGACGGAAUGAUGAGGGGGAGGGAGGAGGUACUGCCACUAAUGAGAUUCUGGGGUAGGAGGUUGAAGAUGGGGGCUCCGGAGGGGAUGACAGAGGUUUGAUGUGGAUAGAAGAGGUGAGGAGGCAUGACGAUAGAUGAGGGAGUUAUGGGUUCAGCCCCAGUAGGUUUGGCCGUCAAUCAUACUCAGGUUUUGAUUUCAAGACCCCGAGUCUUGAUAUUGCCGGCGGCAUAUUUCUGUGGCACAACAACACGCUGCAGAGAGUUCUGUAUAGAUGUUUUACCACGUCUCCAUGCUCAUCUUUGUUUGCCCAGAUAUGAGGUUAUUUUCGUCAUGGAUGACUCAGGAUUUGGUCUGGGUGAGGGUAUUGGAGGGGGAUCUAUUUUCUGUUUGAAGCUAGGAAAUAGAAUAAUCUAGAGACAAUCUGUUUCAAAUGGCAAUUUGAGAAUGCUUAGAGAUACUACCGUGGUAUAUAACUUGAUUGAGUGUGCUUCCAU